CAGUGCAAAACUCAAAACUCGCCUUGCUAAGUUGAGAAGGUUGUUAAAUGGUCAGCUAAACUGGGCCAACUAGCUGAAAAAGACGAAGCUGUAAAAUAUAUAAAGGCCAAGGACUCAUAAACUCUGGCAAAGGGAUGGACGGUUGUGUGGUUCGUCUCCACAGUGUGUCCUUUAAGUCCAGGGUGGAGGGCAGUCAUGAGGCCUUCACUGCCCAGCCCAUUAGGAUCAACUUCCAUCAGCUUCUGCGAACAAGCGAUGCCCCAGAGCUUCUGCCUAAGGUGAAAAAUCAGGAUGUUUUGAUGGCUGUGGUGGCGCUGUUGGAUUCAACGCUGCCUGAUGUUGGGUCUCAGGACAUCCAUGAGACAGUGCACAGUCCAAGAUCAAACACCAUUAUUCUACUACGAGACCAUGCAGAUGUGAUUGAGGAGUAUAGGGUUAGAUCUUAUCCUGGCAGCCAGGGGGAGCUGGUGAGUCCUAAGCUGCCCGAAGCAUCGAAUGAUCAUCAGAGUGAUUCGUACCAGCUUUCUGAACUCUACAGUGAAUCUGAGGACAGCUCGGAGGAGAGCUGUGGGUCUGAGGAAACUGAUCACAGGUGGUCCUGGAAGCACUUCUGCGCAGGCGUUCAGGAGUUUCUGGCUGCAGCGAGGAAGAGGAGAGAGAUGAGAGAGGAAGCAGGAGAGGAUGGAGAGAUCCCUUUGUCUGCAGUGGGCGUGGAGUGUCUCCUCGUGGCCGCCGCAGCCUACGAGCACAAAACACUACUGACUGGAGAGAAGGUGCUACAGUUGUCUCUCUUGGCCACUAGGAAGCGUUACCGGCGCUGUGGGGUCGGCCGAUAUAUAAUAGAGCUGCUGAAGUCUCAGUCAAUUUGUGGAAAUUAUGAUGCACUGCUGGCUCAUGCAGACUCAGACGCCAUAGAAUUCUUCUCACACUGUGGACUAACGGACGAUCCUCUACUCAACGACAAGUUCAGGGAGGUGAGGGACGAAUGGGCCAACACCACUCUUAUGAGUUACUUACCACCCUUUACCACAGAACUGCAGAGCAGGAACCCUGGUUUCUCAUUAAGUUUAGCAGAGCUGGAGGUGGAGGUGAACCUGGCGCGGAUGACGGCCCUCUCUGCAUAUCAGCAGCAAGCAGUAUGUGUGACCAGACUUGUCAGGGAGGUGAAGACGCUGAGACAACAGUUGGAGCUACAGAGAGAAGAAGUGGAUAUGCUUCACAACGAGUUAGAGCGAGAAAAAGAAAAACGACACAAAAUAGAACAGAUGUUCCUGGAAUACAAGCUCCGGAAAACUUGGCAGCUGCUGGAAAGGAGAGACUCAGAGGGGGAGUCCCAGACAGACAGCAGACCUACCAGCCCAGCUGAAGCAAAGCCUGAGCCAGUCCACUCUGCUUGAGCCAAGACUACCACCAGGGGGCACCACAGCCUCACUUUGCACUAGUGCAGACGCAGAAUGAUUUACAAGUAAAAUUACAGAGAUGCAUCAUUUAAACGUGCUGCUUUAAAGCAGAGUUGUAAUGGUCAUUGUAAUCACUUAUAAUGCUGUAUUAUUACAAAGCAACGAUUCCAUGCUGGGAGUGGCAAAAAACAAAAAAUCCAUCUGCAUCCACAAGGCAUGUGCAAAUUAAAUCCCAGAAAAAAGAAAUUCUGAGGACCCCAUCUUAACAAAAAAGUAUAAAAAGCCU